AUGAAUCGGGAAGAGUCGUACUACUCAACAGGCCACCUCUACAAGGACUCCUGUGUCUACCAGAGACCCAGUAAUGAGGACUAUAGCCAAAGCCCGCCGCCGUGUCUGUACAUGGGUCGACAGCCGCAGCCCGUCUAUCCAGCGCCUUCCUCGGGCCCAAUGGAUCAACCGAAUGUUCCAGACAUCGGCUCGUACAACAUGCCGACCCGAGAGGAUUUGACGGUUCCGCAUCUUCACCAUCCACAAGCACAACAGCCGCCUCUCCAAGCGGUCGGAGGAUAUGGAAACUCGCUCGAUCUGUGCGCCGAUCGGAGUAGAUGCCAUCUCCCCUUUCCUUGGAUGAAAUCCACCAAGUCUCACGCACACACCUGGAAAGGACAGUGGACAGGUCCUUAUAUGAUGGAGGCGGAGGAGAACAAGCGCACCCGGACGGCCUACACGCGCGCCCAGUUGCUCGAGCUAGAGAAAGAGUUCCUGUUCAACAAGUACAUUUCCCGUCCGCGACGCGUGGAGCUAGCGCUCACACUCAGCCUGACCGAGAGACACAUCAAAAUCUGGUUCCAAAACCGCCGCAUGAAGUGGAAGAAAGAAGAGGACAAAAGGAGGUCCCGAGGGAUGGACCCUGAACAGGAUUCCUCUAUCACCUCCGGAGACUUGAAGGACGAGCCUUGCGUCCCUGGAACUCCUGCUGCGCCUCCUUCGCCCCUCCACGUUAACGUACCCCCAACUCCUCGAGAUCCGGCUUAA